UGUGACAAAUUCACAGUAUGUUUUUAAAGAAAGUCAUAGUUUAGUAUGUCGAAUUAAAAAGUCAUAAUAUAGCACUGAGUAUGUUAUACAAAGGUCAUAAUAUAGUAUGUCAAGAAAUGGCAUGAAAACGGUAUGUUUAAUUUUUUUUAUAUGAUUUGCUUUUGAAAUCACAAUGUAGGCAUCUCCAUCAACUCUACUCUGAUACCUCCCGUCUGUCAGUGCAUCAUCCUUACAUUUCUUUCCCUUCUACCUCUCACUUAUGUUACUCCUUUUUUUCAUAGCCUCAGUUUUCUGCUGAGCCUGUAAAAAUUGGUAUUUUCCUGUUAUAUUGAAAUAACCACUAUAAUGACCAUUCUUGAGGUGAAUCACCACGAACUUCACUGACUAAAGCAGAGAAAUAGUACACAAUCUGCCUUUGAAGAGAAUGCAAGAUAUAAAAACAGGAAAUAAAGUCAUUCACUUGUCUUUGUGUUGUGGAAUCUCAUUCCCACAUUAGUAGUCUGCAGCUCUCAGGGUGUCAGCGGUGCCAACGAGCAGCUUGAGUCAUUUAUCACCAUGACUCACCAGCUAUUACUAAGCAGAAAAACAGCCAGCACACAACCUGCCCCACUGUGCUUUCACUCCAGCUCAGAAUCAUUUGCUUUCAUAGUAUGUGACAGAGUCACACUGCAGACAUUGCAACAAUUACGUCACCAGCAUGCUCUCAUUCCAAAUACUGACGCUUUGUCAGACCCCUUGGUGUCACUUUCUAAACGCACCGGUUAGCCCGGUCGCAGUCAACACUUCGGUUUAGGAAAAACAUCAUGUAUGUAAACUAAUUAAAAUGUAAAUAAUGUAACAUAGUACGGAAAACACGUCACAACCAUCACUAACGUAAGUUUGGGACACAAACAGCCGUCUUGAACACAGGUCUCCUACUGCCUGCUAAGCUUGUGGUAAGCAAGGAAAUACCCUAAUAUAUAGAGGAAAUAACCGCUUACUGAUAAACUGAUGAGCAAUAGUACAUUCAGAACUUUAGCUAAAAGAUCAAAAUUGCACAUGUUCUUCUGCAGGUGCUUCAUGUGUGCAUUUACUGUCCGUAUCUGUAUUUUCUGUCUCCUCGAAGGCCAUGGGCAUGCAGCGGGUGGGGAAGUUGGAAGAGGAGAUGGAUUGCAGACCUACCACGGUGGUGUGAGCAACUGAGACCGAGAAGCACGCACGCACGCACGCGCAGAAACACUCCACCGCUGAUGGCCCUGUACAACCCAGAGACAUUAAGCCUGCUGUCGCUGGAUAGACGUUCCCUUUGUUCACUAGGAUUAUGAGUGGGAUACUGCGAUUACUUGUAACCUUUAGAUCUUGGGUUUCUCAAAAAAAGUCAAUUAUUUUUGCAGAGCAAGUCACCGAUUUGAUUUCCUCAGUUGAUAUCGUUUCCUCUUUGAACUGGAGCUUGUUUGUAUUAAUAUUGUAUUGAUGAACGUAAAGCAAUGAAAAUGUGGUUGUUAGUUAUUUGAAUACAGUUUCAUGAUUUGUGUACCAAUACAUCCAGGUGUGAAUGAGACUAAUCUUGUGGCUCAUUCGUGUUUCUCAAAAAGAACAACUGUAGUUUUGUAUAUUUGUCACAACAUAAACCUGUUUGGUUUAUCCAUUUGUUUCAUUUAAGAUAAACAAGAGAUAAACAUGUUUUACAUUUUAUAUAAAAGUUAUAUAAAGUUUGGUGUUUGGGGCAAGCCGGAAUAUCUAAAGGGCUUAGUGUACCUUAGCAGCACCACCAAUGACUUUUCUAUGAAAACGUUAUUCUAACGCUAACAAUAUUGUUCAUCCCGUCGGUCUGGUCCCUUCUGACAUCGGAUGACUUUGCAUUGAAAACGUCUCGAGUGGGGACACGCUGUGCGGAGGCCAGAUGUACACAAGCGCAGCGCGCACACACACCGCCCGCGCACUUAUUUCCCAAACAAUGACCACUGCUGACUAAUCACAUUCAACAAGUGCAGGAUUAAUUAAUAUCCCACAUCCACUCUUUUUUUACACAGGCGGCUCCAGCGCGGAAGCUCCUUGUUGUCAUUAUAAGCAACGUAUUUCCAUUAGAAAGGGGAACAAAGCGCAGUGUUGCCCGGCAACUCGAUGGCUUCCCUCUUCACUAUAUAACAGAGGUAAUGAGUUUGUGUUGUCAGCACUCGUUUCUGGGAAAGGGUUUCCAAACCUGCUCUGUGUUAUAGAGAGACGACAUUACUCCGAUAGGUUUUUGAUCCAUUUCAAAAUCAUGCUCAAGGCUCAGGGGAAGUCCGAUGGGCAAACCGGCACUAAGAUCCUCCUGGAGGCGAUGUCAAAGGAUAAAGUCCACCUGGCCAGGUUCGUUCUGGACGCGCUGGAUGGGGAAAUAGUGGACUCCAGAACGGAGAGCGCACAGACCCCCCUCAUCUCUUCUAUCCUGCUGCCUGAUAGUAAUACUCGGUGUAAGUCUGCAGAGCUUUUGCUGCAGAAUGGGGCCAGUGUCAACUGUCGGGACGGCAACGGGCGCACCGCGCUCAGUUACGCCUGUGAGAAGGGCUACCUGGACGCUGUGAAGAUCCUGGUCCGAAACAAUGCAGACCCGGAGAUUGUGGACGCCUGGGAGAACACCGCGCUAAUGUACGCCGCCGUAGCAGGUCACUCCCCUGUGGUUGAGUUUUUGGUGAGAGCUUUCAAGAGGCUGGGUCUUCGGAUAGACCGGCAGAAUAAAGUUGGCAACUCUGCUGUUGAAGUGGCGAAGUUUCUCGGCCACACAGAGUGCAUCUUUGCGCUCACUCACAACUCCAGGAAGGGCCGGGAGGAUGAGGGAGGCGCUCAGGGAAAUCCGCAGACGCGACUUAGUUUAGGAUGUGGUGAUGGAAAUGACAAGUUUGAGAGCAGAGUUGGACAUUUAGUGAAUACACUUGAGGACCUCCAAACGUGUAAUCAUACAGAUUGUCUAUUGGUUCAAAAUUGUACCUGGCAACCAAGACCACGGGUAAAGCAGAGUAUGUUGGCAUCGAUGGACUCAAUAGAUGAGUUUGAAAGAGAGAAUGGCGGCUCUUCCUCGCCUCCACAAGCGCUGGUAUUCUCCGAAAUCCUAACCCCUAAAGCCCCUCCGCAGGUUUCCGACCAGUCUCAAAACUAUAAGCAUCCUAAAACAGGAGAUGACCAUCUCCCCCCUCUUAAACAGAGCUGCGAGGCUCAAAAAUCGAUUUUCUUCUCACCCAGUACCCUCAAGCCCAGCGCGCCCUCUGCCCUGGACAUCUUACUGGCUCCCAUUAUUUCCAACAAAAGAGAGAAUAAACCAGGGACAGAAAACUCAAAAAUGUCAGACUACUGUGCGUGUAGAUUUCAUGAGAAAAGAUGUAGUCUGCCAACCAGUAUCCUCAUUCCCACGCCUCGGGACCGCACACUGGUGCCCGUGCGUAAAUCCAGAACCAUAAGGAGGCGAGAAGCGUCUCCCUGCAACGCGGAACCUCCUCUGUUUACCGCACCAACUGUCGCUAAUUCAACCACGACUUUCUCGAUGUUGAGCAACAAACUCUUACGCAGAUUUACCUCCCCGGAGUUUAAAACCGGCGCAAAAGAAUUGAAGGAGAAUCCGACGUUGACUUCAGGGCGGAUUCCGCAAUCAGAAACUUUUCCUCGGGGAAUAAAGCAUCCCCAGGUGGACAGUAAACUCGGCAUCGAAAGCAUCAGCUCGGUCAAGUGCGAGUUUGGCAUUCUGAAAUGAAAACCAAAGUGCCCCAUGCGUAAAAAAGAGUUUAUCCGUAUCGGCCACUAAUCUCAACACCAUCUAUAUCUAAAGCUCUCAACAAUAGAGUGAUGACAGUAUAUCCGUCCUGCAAACGUUUCUGCCAUUUCACAAACUAAAACGCGAGUAAAACGAACCAAAACGGAUUUUAAACUAUCUGAAUAACUAAAAAAUCGACAGCACCUCAGACUACUAUGCGUAAAGUGCGUAGAUGCCAGCACCUUCCAGUUGGAUUCUGCUACAGAGUGAAACGCAAUGUGUAACUUCUAGUUUUAGUACAUGUGCUCUUUUGCUCCGGUGUUCAGCAGCAUUUGCCACUCCUUUUGGAGAGGGUGGGGGUCACGAAGGUGGAGGGGUGAUCAGAAAUUCUGAAUUAUUGAAUACAGCAUAUUUGUGUUGUGCUACCAUCUUGCAUAUGUUUCUGUUUCUUUCAGCACAUGAUUUCUGUCAGAUGGUCUGCCUUCUUCAAUUACUGAU